CAACCCGCUUAAGUUUUCAGAGUGCGCGGUUGUCUUUUGUUGUCUGAGCAGGAGCCUCACUGAGCUGUACAGCGUGCUCGGGGAAAAUACACCGAUAUCAUUUUAUUUUUUUCCCCGCCACCACUAGAAAGACCACUCUCAGAGUUGAGGAAGCAUGUCGGUGAGCAUCGAGCUGGGCUUUUCUAACGACGAGGUGCUGAGCACGCGCUUCCCGCUGCACCGCGCGUGCAGGGACGGAGACGUGCGCGCGCUCUGCUCCCUGCUGCAGCGCUCCGACGACCGAGCACAGCUCCAGGCGGAGGACUCCUUCUACGGCUGGACUCCCAUUCACUGGGCGGCACACUUCGGAAAGCUGGAGUGUGUAUUGCGAUUGGUACAGGUGGGCUGUGAGGUGAACGCUGUGACAACGCGCUUUUUGCAGACUCCGGCUCACAUCGCUGCAUUCGGAGGACACCCAGAGUGCCUUGUAUGGCUCCUGCAGGCUGGUGCUGAGAUCAACAGACAGGAUUAUAUGGGUGAAGCCCCCAUCCAUAAAGCUGCAAGGGCAGGUAGCAUGGAUUGUAUCAAUGCCCUGUUGUUCUCAGGUGCAAAACCAGAAUUAAGGAACACUAACGGAUUGACUGCGGCCGACCUGGCCCAUGCACAAGGCUUCCAGGACUGUGCUCAGCUCCUCUCCAAUGCAGAGAAUCAACUAAAGCACCUAAAUGGGUUUGGCCAUAAUGGAACUGACCUCCCCCACAUCCAAGGGCGGAGUCUUCUUAAUGGGUUAACCAAUAGGAAGAGGCUCCAUGAUUGCUCAGAGCCAAAUCACGUCAAGAAAGCAAGGGUUGAUGGUAUGGAUUUUCCUGUGAAGGCAGUCAGUGCGAUGGAGGAGGAUAUUGAAUGUAUGCAUGUAGAAUCUGCCCCAGACAACCAAUCAGAUGGCACCAUAGAAAUAGCCACUGGCUUAAGCAAUGGCCACACACAACAGAAGAGUUUUGACACAAACGGCCAUUGCCCCGAACCCCAGCCUGACGUGCCAGACCUGGGUAGCAACAUGUGCGGCUCACUGCACCUCAGCGGCAGCCCCAGCAGCUACAUGUCUCACAGGCCCUUGUGGGCCACGUUCUCAUCAGACUUCAGCGAUCAUCUGCACUACGGCCACUACCACGGCUUUGGAGACACGGCUGAAGACCUGGAGGACACCGGAAGCCGCCACGAGCACAAUACAACUGUAAAGCUUGAGCAGCACUACAACCAAGAGGUGUUAAAUGCCAUGCAGCUGUUUCAUGGCUCUUGAAAGGGUUAGAGCCAGUCUGUUUGUAUAAACGUUGGCGUGAAGAGCCACCCAGCCGCCUUAAACCGUAACCAGUUUACCCUGACUUUGCUCUUGCACCUUAAAAAAGGCCACAAUAAAGGAGUUUUUUUUGUUGAAGAGAAAAGCCUUUGUACCAAAAGGGUAUUUGUGUUUUUGUAUCUGACUUUUUGUGCACUCUUUAUUUUACAGUAUGUUUGAAUAAUAGAUUACACAGAUAAUGAUUAAGUAAAGCAACCGUGGAUGAUUUGUUAACUGUGGUGCAUUCAGCUUUCCUAUCCCCCCCCCCCCCCCCCCCCUCACCACAGGAGUUUGAGGACUUGUAUAAACAGAAUAAGUUUAUAAGUUUAAAUGUUUGUGGGGGUUUGUGCCAAUAUUUUCCCCCUUCAGUAGUUUGGCACUAGCAUUAAAAAUUGUAUGGAACAAUAUAUUGUUUCCUAAUUUUCCUGAGACGUUGAGUUGAAAAGUUAUGUAAAACUGACUCGCUGUAAGUAUUUGUUUUGAGAAAACUGAAAUUUUUUGACAUUCCUUCAAUCUUUUGUGCUGUGAUAUAUAAAAGUAUUUGAGACAGA